AAUAAAUGGAAAAAACAUCAGACAUAUGCUCCAAUGUCAAACUAGUUCAGUCCUUUUCUGAUCCUUUUCUCGAAUAACCUCACGCUCUGAAUGAUUCGAGGAAUGAUACUUUCUUAAUUCUACAAAAUGAGAUAUUUUAUUUAUUUCGUAGCCUUCAUUUAUCUGAAAGUUCAAGUCAGCUCUGAAUCACCACAAAAUGCGAACCUCAUCAGUACUUUGAAUAUUAAAAUACACGAAUUGAAACUGAAGCAGAUGAAAGAAGUGAUUACCCCAAAUUUCCGUUCCAAGUUGAUGAGUUUCUAUGAGGACGAAUUUUAUUGGAAAUUCGCUUCGGGGAUUUCUUUAUUCGAUCAAAAUUUCAUGAUGUUGGACAAUGAUUUCUACACAUUCGUCGAUUUCGAUAAAUUGAACAUUUCAUCGACCGCGAAGAUAAUAGAAGGCCACAGCCGAGUCUCAAUAGCUAAGAUGAACGAAUUCGGUAAUGUCGCUGUGAUGUUACUCGUUGUGAAUAAGAAAGAAGUACGAAUUAUAAAAUUCAAAAAGGGAGAAGCUGAAGGAUUCAUUUUCCAAGAAGUGCAAUAUAUUGAACAUGUUUCUAUUUCUGACGCUCACAUGUUUCGAAAUCAAAACAAACUGUAUAUGCUUAUAGCUAACGAUAAAGGCAGUAAUAUCGCUCCAGUGAGCUUAUAUGAAUGGACAGGCGAUAAUUUCUAUGAAAAACAGGUUAUUUAUACCCAAGGCAUCCCACAAAUCCAUUCCUUCGAAGAUAAUGGUAGAGCAAUAAUUCUGAUGUUACACAAGAGAAAAGGGCCUACGACCAUCUGUGAUGUUUUUGAGUACGAGGAUCAGAAAAUGAGCAAGAUACAAGAACUGAAGCUUGAAGGACCACGCCAUAUAAUACCAUAUAAGAUGGAGGAUGAAAACUAUUUAUUAGUUUUGAGUGCUUGGAAAAGGCACCUCUACUCUUGGACCGGUGAAAAACUGGUUAAAAUAUCGACAGAAUCCUCGAAUAACAAUGAUUACCAGAAAAUCACUCUAUCAAAAAUAAAAAACGUCACUCUACUUUUUGCGAGCAAAUUUCACAAAUUCGACGUUUUUAUGUUAUCUUCUCAAGGGGCUAUAUACAUAACAACACAAGAGUACUUACAUAAAUACACCGGAUUACUAAGUUUCGACCACUUCAAAUUCAAUGAAACAGACUAUAUAUUUGCUGUAGGAAACGUGGGUCUUAUGGGAGAAAUAGAAUAUUACAGAAUCGAGCUCACCGGAGUACCAAAACCUGAACAAACUCCUCCAGUUGCUGAUCCCCUCGCCAUUUGUUUGAGUUUCCUUCAGGGUGAACUAGAGGUGGAGAGCUCCAAUGCGUUGAAAAGGCCAGAAAAAAAUUCGUUACGUCUGAGAGGUUCCUCUUCAUCCAUGGCAUCGUACAAGUUAAGAGCAGGCAAUAUCGAAGAUAUUGAGAAUUUGUGGUUCGAAGAGAAGAUCAAGGAUAUCGAUGAAAGAUCCGAUGACAUUUCGAAUAUUACAGAAAAUUUCAAAUUGGAUGCGGACCAAAUGGAAAUAAAUGGAGACGUAGUAAUUGAAGGGACAUUGAAAGGAAAAGAACUGUCUGCUGAAAACCUAAACGUCCAAAUGAUGAACAACAAGAAGUGGUCGCCGAAUCAGUGGUUGUCCUACUCUAAAAACCAAACCAUUGCAGGUGGAAAGGAUGCUAAUAACCUCAUAGUUAGAGAAUUGAUAACCACUGGAGAAAUCGAUCUUCUGAGAGAUCUACUGUUGAACAACAGCGACGUGAGAAUUAGUGGAAGUUUCACCAUCGACAAACUCAUCACAGACAAGUUAUCAGUUGAUGAAAUCAACAACAUCAAAAUGGAUGAUAUCUUCAUGAGGGGCAGGGACACCAUCGUAAAAGGAAUAAAAUCAAUAACUAACUUGACUGCCAACAAUAUUGAGGCACUCAACAUAGAAAAGCCCAAAAUGAAAACAACUCCCAGUAUAAGGUUCGCUCCUCAUGUGUUCAUAGACGACUUGGAGGUGGAUUACAUUGAUGGCGUUGAAUGGAAGAAAUUCGCAGAUUCCGUUUUUCGAUAUGGAAUAUCCCAAGAGAUCUCAGGGAACGUCAGAAUGAGGACGUUCGAUACGAAAAAUUUGUACGUUUCGAGUUUGAACGGAAUUGAUGCUAACAAUUUCAUGACCAAGAAAACAGAUCAAACCAUCGACUCUAUACUAGAUAUUGACCAGGUACAUAUGAAAUCGAAUAUGGUCGUGAAUCGUAUUAAUGGUUUGAAUCCUUCGGAAGAUAUUGUCACUGUGAAAAACCCCAAAGUAAAAGGGCCUGUAUCGAUAGAAAGUCUGCGUAUCAUGGGUAGCUUAACGCUCAAUUACACCAACGCCUCUUCUAGUGAAGAUCAAAAUAUUGUUGGUACAAAAGAAUCCGACUUAGUUCAGAAUUAUCACAAUGAGAUCAAAAUUGUCGGUAAUUUACGACUCAAAAAUUUCAGGAACCUAAAUUCCCUCAGAAUAAUUGUUGGUGAAGGGCAGGAGGAAUUCAACCCGAAUUUCCCAGAAAAAUACUGGAUGAAAAGUGUGAAUCAGGUCGUACCAGUUCAUGUUGAAGCCAGAAGAGGUGUCAGAACUCCUCACUUGCAGACGAAAUUCCUCAAUGAAAAUGGGUUCUCCAAUUUUCUACUGAACAACUCCGAGACAUCAUUGCCAGCGAAUUUCGAUUUCGAAAACGCAACAUUUUUAGGGAAUAUCUUCCUGGACGAUCUGAAAUCUCACAGUCCAGAUUUGGCACGAAUCGAUGUUGAAUCUGUAAAAAACAACGGGAGUUUUGUUAUCAAAGGAAAGAAGGUCUUCAAGGAUACUCUGAAGAUCAAAAGCCUGAUCACAGAUGAGCUCAAUGGGGUGAAAAGAAAGGAGCUUGUUACGAAAAACAAACCUGUUACUUUCACAGGAUCCAAAGUAUUCCAAAAUCUCGUGGUCAACGGAAAUCUGAUCAGCAAAACGUUCUCAUUCAAUGAGGUGAAUGGGGUAGACUUAGAAAAUUUGAAAAAUAACACUAUUUAUAUCGACCGACAGCAGGAUAUAAAAAAUAUGAGUUUCACUUCUAUUUCAGCUGAAAAUUUGAACGUGGAAAGUUUGAAUGGCAGGCCCAUAAAUGAAUAUUUAGCAGAAGUGAGUGAUAUGUUGGACAUCGAUGUAAUUGACAGCCUAAUUAUCAAUGGCAAACUCGCCAUAGGGAAUUUGUUGGGUCUGUCAAAAAUAAAUGAUAAACAUCCGGACGUAUUGUUCGCAAAUAGGCUCAAAUUGGACGAUAAGGGGGUGUUACAUGGCAACAUCAGAUUUCUAGAAAACGUAACCAUCGACCACCUGUCAGCCUCGUUUAUCAACAAUAUCAACUUUCCCGAACUCGUCAACAGAAUAUUCUACAAGAGUGGAAAUCAAACCAUACCUGCGAAAUAUACCUUCAAAAAUCUGAAAACCAGAAAUUUACUAGCUCCAAAAAUAAACAACCACCAAAUUGAUCCUUUGGUGGAUAUAAAAAGUGGUGAAGUUCAAAAAAUUAUCGCAUACAAAGGAGCAGAAUUCAAGCAUAGCAGUCUCACGAAUCUUUUUGCCGACAACUUAUGGCCCUGCGAUGUAGUUGCUUCGUUUGAAGCUAUGAAAACUCCGCCAACUCAAACAUGGUCUAGGAUAACAGUACAUGGAAACGUUACCAUAUUGGACGAAGAAAAUCCUCUAUACGAUAUUUUUGAGCAUGCCGUUCUUCUCAAUGAAAAAAAUAGUAUACAAGCACCGGUUCACUUCAAGAAUAUAUCAGCGGAGGAUGUUGAAACUAAUGAAUAUAUCAAUAGCGUUAAUCUUACUCACAUAUUUUCCGAUGCUCUGUUAAAAAAAUCUGAGAAGGAACAGGUUAUCUCAGGUUUGAACGUUAUAGAACGCCUUGCAGUUUACUCUGCCACUGUUUAUAACGAUUCUGACAUCACUGUGGUCAACGGUGUUGACUUUCCCAGUAUUUUCAACAGUGUCAUACCUAAAGGGGCAAUCGGGAUGAUGCCCAUAACUGGAAGAAAGAGGUUCUUUGCUGGACUACAAACUCAAAAAAUACAGAGCAAAAAAGUUUCGAAUGUUAUUCCAGAAGAUUUGGUCACCACUGACAGUGCACAAAAGAUAAGAUCGGUCAUAUUCGAGAAUAUAGAACUGAAAAAUCUUUCUGUUGACAAUAUUAACAAUCAAGACUUCCAUAAUUUCAUGAAUGAGAGAGUUCUACUUGCCGGUCCUCCAAUUCAAGAACUACAAGGUUUCUAUUCAUUUUACGACGUCCAUAUCAAUGGAAAUGUCGAGGUGCCUAAAAUAAAUGAUGUCGAUAUGCACGACAUUGUCGUGGACAUUCACAAUCAGGACAUAGACAGUAAAAAAACCUUUGUGAAUGACUUGCACAUCCACGGCAAUGUGAAUAUAGAUAUGUUAAAUGGCCGUUUCAUAUCGGAGAUAUACGAAAAAGCAUUCCUUAGAAACAGAAAAAGCUAUAUAAAUCAAAACGUGAAAAUACUGAAACCCAGUUUCGCUAAUGGAACGAUAAUAACUGAAUCUAUAAACGGUUACUCUCUGGAAAAGAUGAAGAGGAUCUUGAAUUACGAAACGAAAAUCAAUCAACAGAAGGAGGUGAAUAAUAUGGUGUACACCAUGGAGAAAUCCAAUUUACGAAGCUACAAGCUACUUGAAAAAAAGGCAUCGGAGAUAAUGUACAUCGAAAAAUCAAAUGUGAUCCAGCUGUCCUUCGAUAACGCCAUGGACGCACAAGUAUUCCGUCUGAAAGACUACGUUCUGAUCCACAUCAUCGGCGAGGAGGAUGGUUCCUUGUGUGAAAUGCCCAAAGGCUGCAAGUGCCCCGUGCAGCACACCAUUCAAAUCUCCCCAGAAAACUCCAUCAACUCCUUCUUCAGCAAGGGAUCGCAGAGGGUUUACAGCUACGAUGAUAAGAGGAUGACUGCUCAUCUGAUCACCAACAGCGUCAGCACUGAUGCUACUUGUAGGAGGAAUUCCUCGAAGAGCGAACGCUCAACCUUAGCCUGGAGCACUGUGACCUACCAGAACAACACAGGCGACAUGUUCACAGAAACCCUGAAUUUUACGGGAUACGUCAGCGAUGUAGAAUUCUUCACAAUUAACGGGGCUACAUACGCCAUCAUAGGGAAAUACUACGACCCAACUACUAACUCUUACGAUCUGGAUUGUGUAGUAUACAAAUUCAAUGAGGAUAGGACUGCUGUUACCGAGAUUCAAAGAAUUGAUACGCAUGGUGUGUGGAAUUUAAAAAUAUUCUACACCCCACAGGGUGUGAACUUGAUAGUAGGGAUGCUUGGGGAUGAACUGCCAAGCCAUAAUUUCGAAAAAACCCUGUUCAUGCGCUUCAAUCAGGAUGAAGAAAAGUUCUUCCUUCUGAGAGUGGUCGAAGCCUAUGGAUGUUCAUCUGCUGUCGGUAUCCUUCUGGAAUCGGAGAGUUUCAUUGCGCUGACUCAUAAAAUACAUCCAGUUUUAAUUUUCAAAUACGAUCCCCUGCAAGAUAAUUACAUUUAUUAUCAGAAUCUCUGGGACCCGUCACCCAUUGGAGGAAUUUCAUUAUUCUAUUCCGGCCACUACGGCAGAAGCGAUCCCUACUUAUGCGUCACCUCCAAGAAGGGCAUCUACUCAAUUUAUACCUACGAAUACAUCGAAGGGUGGCAAAGAAAAUUCUUUAACGAAAUUGAAGGAUUGAGGAACUUGGUACCGUUCGAACUAAAUGAAAAGUUAUACCUUUUCGCGCUUUCCUCAAAUGUCAGUUCCGUCUUGACUGUAGUUAAAUACGGAUCAGAUUGAAAAAUCGUUAAAGAUUUUACAGAAGUAAUUUGUGAUUGAAAUAUAUUUUUAUUUAAAGUGUAUUUAUGUACAUUCCUUGUAUUUGUUGCUUGAAAUAAAUGUUUCAUAACAAA